CACUCUGACGUCAAAAGUGUGGCCAGUCCGUCUGCUGCUGUGAGAGUGAAGGUCGUGAGGUCGCACGGUGGAGUGGAAGCAGCCACGUCCCGUGUCUCUGUCCGGAGAAACCAUGACUCACUUUCUACGGAAAAUGCGAAAACCAAAACAAUCAACAUCGAACCCUCCCAGGCUGUAUUCGCAUUUGGCGGACUUUCUACUCCCGAGACUGAGCCUCAAAGAGCCAACACCAGACAUAACUAGGCAAUGGCGUGAGCAGGAUGAGAAGACCGCCAGUGAGUGGGACAAGAGCACGACACUGUACUCCAACUCCUUCGUCUUCAUCAAACUCCUCGGCGUCGGCAAAUACGGAGAGAUCUGCUUGGUGAAGAACCCGGAAUCGAGAAAUCUCUACGCACUGAAGUGUGUCAAGCUCUUCGGACAAGAAGCGGAGGCCAAGAUGGUGGUGAACGAACGCAACGUGCUGAGUGAAGUGAACAGUGAGUGGAUACUGCACAUGUACCACAGCGCCAUCGACGAAGCCAACUACAAUGUUCUCCUGGAAUACGUGCCUGGGGGCAACCUGGACGCGCUGCUGAGGAAGGAGGGCACUCUGAGUGAGAUCCAGAGCAAGUUCUACGGCGCCGAAAUGUUGAUGGCCAUCAACGUGCUGCACCGACACGGCUACAUGCACCGCAACAUCCAGCUGGACGUCUUCCUCGUGGACGUCACGGGUCACCUCAAACUGAGAGAUUUUGGCCUGGCUGUACGGUUUAUUCCACUGCAGUUGUGCAAGUACUUAGCUCAUGACCCCUCUUUUGAUGAAGAUGGCGCUCCCAUUCUUCCGCGGGACCGACGGGCCAUGGUGCAACUCUAUCAGCGGCGAGCGCAAGGCAAUGUUGGUACACUUGAUUACAAGGCCCCCGAGGUAGUGCUUACUGGAGUGGUUGAGGGUGCCACGCGGGAAUCCAGAGACACCUCACUGGACCGCUGGCACAUCUUCCGUAACAGGCCGAGCAAGAAGCUGAGCAGCUGCACCAGCUACACCUUCGCCUGCGACUUCUGGUCCUUCGGCAUCUGCAUGUACCGGAUGCUCUUUGGACACCUCCCGUUCACGGCGAGAAACGAAGAGGACAGGAUGGCGCAGAUUGUAAAUUGGCGAACCACCCUCAUUUUCCCCAACGUCAAGCCCAUUUCUGACGAGGUCAAGGACGUCUUGAAAAGCCUGCUGUGUAACGAGUCUGACAGACUGGGUGCGAACGGUUGUGAGGAGGUGAUGCUUCACGUCUUCUUCGAAGGAGUUCACUGGCCUUCCUUGCGGUGGGAGUGUAUGAUUACCAUGCUAGACAGCUCUGCGUCUCCACACCCUUUGAAUUCCCCAAACGCUGUUCUACCUCCGUCGACGCCAUGCCGACAGGCAGGGGGCUGUGUUGAAGGAAGGAGAGAUACCGACAGUUCCUUUGCAGCUGUCGACAGGUCCUCUUCCAUAGCGCUAGGAAGCAGCUACAGCAGACUACACCACUCCUCCGCCUCAAGUUCCGUAAUCGCUGACCUGCCGGCACUUCUAAGGGUAUCAGAAAUGGCCAUUCCCCCGGAAUCCAACCGGGAGAGGGAGGAGUCCGACAUCUACCCCUGGAUGACCGACGCCCGCAAGUCAAAGAAAUCCACGAGACCCCCUGAUUUUACUUCAAGACAUGAUAUGAAGAAAGAACAUGGUAAGAAGAAAAGUAAAAAAUGUCCCAUCAUGUAAUCUGCAGCCCUUUAUCAUCUACAAGUGUGCAGCAACAUUUAAAACCGUCUUCAAGAAUAAUCCCUACCAUGAAUCAGGAAUGAAAAACAAGAAACAGCAUUAGAUCUCUCAACCUGAUUGUUAAGAAACUGCUCAGAAGAUUAAAAAUAAUUGUCCACAUCAAUGAACUUUUU